CCACAGGCUAGAAGGCGGCCAGACAAAACUCCAGGAGUACCAACAAGUAGUCGUACAUCGAAUGCAGAAACAUUCCAUUUUGUUUCUUAUGUUCCUGUAAAUGGUCGUCUCUUUGAGUUGGACGGACUAAAGCCCUUUCCUAUUGACCAUGGUCCAUGGCUUGAGGGAGAAGACUGGACUGAGAAGUUUCGCCGUGUAAUCACAGAAAGACUAGGUAUUGCCACAGGUGGUGAACCCUAUCAUGAUAUUCGCUUCAAUCUCAUGGCAGUAGUUCCAGAUAAGAUCACUGCCUACAGACGGAAGCUAAUGUCCCUAAGACGAAAUAGAGAAACAAUCUUAGAAGCACUCCACCAUUUUGUUCGACAGCAGUACCCUGCAUACAUAGGAAAGGAGAAGCCAGCAACAUCCAACCCUACAAAGACAGAAGAUGAGAUUGAGGAAGGCAACAAUCUAUCUCUGCUAGCAGUGGCAGCCUCACAAAAGCUAGAAGCUCAGGGAUAUGCAGAUGAGUCUGCCACAGAUGAUCAAGAGAUGGCACAGGAAUCAAGAAUACACCAUGCAGCCUUUAAGAAAGAACACACUGCUGUGCCUUUGGGAAUGCCAUCUGCAGGUAGCAUUUCAACCCCUCCAGAUUAUGCAACUCCCUUGACUAUAGAGACAUCACCAGAACCUCCUUCAACACCAAGUACAGACACAGCAUCAGAGGCCGGAAGUGAUUUUAAUUCCCCGCAAGGCAGCCCAUCGGCAAAUUGUGAAUACCAGCACCUGGUGGUGGUACGUCUUGCCCCAUCGACUCCAACCAUUCCAUUAGCUCCUCCUGCUGCAGAUGCUACCCUUCCUGUGGCUCCUGACUCCAACCCAGGAACCACUUCCACAGAUCCUACAGGUGGUCUUGUUGAAACUGAGGAUAAUGCAGACAUUGAUGAAACAAAUGUAGGAUCAUCUCUUCUUCAGCAAGUUGUUGCUAAAAGACUUCAGUUUGAAGAUGGGAUGUUUGAUCAUUCUCCAAUUGAUGAGGAUGCUGAGUCUCUCCUUGCUGACCAUCCAAAUGAUACAACAACCUUUGAAUCUGUCAUUAAGUCUGAUCCAGCAGCAGAAGGUCUGGACAGUUGCAGCAGUGAUGUGUCUAGUGUUCGGAACUAUGAAUCAAGUAGUUUUGGAUCCGAGUUUAGCUUAAAGCAGGAAGGCAGUGAAUUGAAAACAGAACUGGACUGUGAUGAUGAAGAGAAACCAUUAGAUAAGAGCAGCUGGGAUUUGGAGGUGCUUAAUUCAUUGGAGGAUGGAUCAACCUCCCCUGUCGAUCUUCUUUCUCUCAUCAAAAUUCUGGGAAAGGAAAUUUCAACAUGCGAAAGCCUCUUGAAGGAUGAACUUGAGAAAAGAAAGCGCUACAAGGUACAUUAAAAAUUUUGAUUUGCAGAAGUAUCUGGUAUAAACUUUUUUCCUUUA